AUGGAGAUAUCCACGCCUUUAGAGCUGCGUUCAAAGGCCUACGAAGCUGCCGAAGACACCCGCGUUGACCACCGCCUCCUGAAACUCACAUCCCAAGAUUUCGUCCUCACCAUCACAUCAGCGGGUGACAACAUCCUCUCCUACGCCUUGGCCUCCCCAGCCCGGAUCCACGCUGUCGACCCGAGCCCCUACCAGAACCACCUCCUUGAGCUAAAGGUCGCGGCAUUCAAUGCUCUCUCCUACGCCGAUGUCCGGAAAUUGUUAGGAUCCGGCAAACAUCCCAACUUCCCCCAACUGCUGAUCUCCCGUCUCUCGCCUCACAUGUCAUCUCGAGCAUUCCAGUAUUGGCUGACCAACACCCACGUCUUCAGCUCCACCCGCGGGAAAGGAUUGUAUGAAGCUGGAGGCUCACGGCACGCUAUCCGAAUCAUCCGCCUGCUGGUCACUACCAUCCGAUUCAACUCCCAGAUCGCUGCGCUGUUGAAAGCCAAGACGCUGAACGAGCAGCGUGAGAUCUACAACACCAAAAUACGCCCCAUCAUCAUGUCCCGCGUCUUCACCUAUCUGCUUGCCAUGCUGGAGGCAGACCACUUGGCAUCCGAGACGAUAGCCGAAGGAAAGGGAGACGCGAGUCCGUUGGCACAUUCAGACAAAGAGCUUCACUCGAGUAAUGGCGAAGCUGUGUGGGAAUACAUGGUGCAAACCCUCGAUCACGUAAUAAACACCUCCCUCAUCGGCGUUGACAACCCCUACUACCUAUCGCACGUCAAGCUCUCGUGUCCCACGGCCUUCGCCGGCCUGCGCAUCCACACGGACGAGAUCAACGAGGUCGUCGCGCGCCUCGCGCCGGGGACCUUCACCGUCGCCGUCGUCAUGGACAGCAUGCAAUAUAGUCCAGUACUGCACAGUAAUCAGCCAUAG